AUGGAGAUGACCUUCGGCAGCGUCUACUACAACGUCAAUGCAGAAGGAAUCCUACGAUUGCUGGAAUCCCCUGCCUCUGAAUCGACGAGUUCUAGCGCACCAUCAUCACCCGAUCUGUCGGCUGGACUGACAGGAUCGACGUGCUCACCCGCGCCUUCGACUCCCCGCUCGGUGUCCUCCAUGUCGGAAAUCUCUACUGCUAGCAAUCUUCCUCAGAAAGAAAUAGGAAAAUACAUCAAGAUACUUGGUGAAUCUUUGAAACUGAGGCAACCUCUCAACAGCAAUUCAAUAGCAGUUCACAUGCCUCGGUUUUGUAACCUGCUCCAGCUCAAUAAAUCAGCUCAGGAACUUGCAGCCCACAUUGGUGAGGUAGUUGUCAACAAAUGCUUCUGCACACGGCGGAACCCCAUAAGCAUAUCUGCUGCUGCUAUCUACCUUGCAUGUCAGCUCGAAGACAAGCGCAAGACUCAAGCAGAGAUCUGUAAGGUAACAGGCCUUACAGAGGUCACUCUUCGUAAAGUGUAUAAAGAACUCCUGGAGAACUGGGAUGAUCUGCUACCGCCAAACUACACACCAGCCACGCCACCAGAGAAAGCUUUCCCCAUGACAAACAUAUACUCAGCACGCUCAUCGAGUGGAAAAGAUCUUUAUCAGGAUAAGCUGCUGGAUAGUAUCAAGCAAAAAAGCUGUGAAGCCGCAGAGCCUGAUCACAUGGUAAUUGUAAAAGAUGAGGAAGACAGGAAAGCCGGCCUACUUGGUCAACCUCCUUCGAUACUCGAGGCCCAUGACCUGAACCAGGCAUGCUGGCAGCAGAAUGUUCCGUUUUCAGCAUCUUCAAAAUCGGACCGCGACAAUACGGAGACAAGCGUUCGUGGGUUUAACCUUAACGAGGAGUCAUGUCCAAUGGAUUCUGACAAGGCAGAUGUAACAAUGAAGCCACACUUUGCUGAUGGGUGGGCAACUGAACCGAAGGUGCUUCCAUCUCCCAGUAGGCAGCCUGUACCAUGGCAGCUUAAGCAACCGGCACCAGCAACUAGUUCAUCGUAUCCUAGGAAUCGUGAGAUGCAGCUGGGCUUUAGCAUGGACCUUCUGGCUGGACGUGGGAAAAGGAGUGCUGGGGAUAGUGGUGAUGGCCGUGAUAAAGAGGGCAAGUGAAGUUGCAGCUGUAAAUAUUUAUAAUGAAAUUAGAAGCUAUCGGAUCUGUAAAUAUAGAUGUUAUCUCUAGUUGAGAUCAACUUGACAAACAUGGUCUUUCCGAUGUAUCAUGUAGACGAUGUAGUAAUUUUUACUCCAUGCUGUAGCAUGUUACUUCCAAAUUAGUUAACUUGCUAGUAGUAUUUAA